CAGACCGUAGCGACAAAAAAGCAAAAUUAAUCACUUGACAAAUCAAAAUGUUGCAUAUAACUCAACCAAACAGCGUGUUAUAUCCUUUUUUGCGCAAAAAAAAUGCCUGUGGAUCACUUCGUUUUCUAGUUUCCAACCAAGAAAUCACCCAAUGGGUUUACAAGAGAAAGGGCAGACGGUUGUCGAUCACAAAUAGCAAACAAUCGCUUUAAUAAAAUUUAUUUAAAGUAUGAGAAGAAUGUGUGUUGAAUGGUGAAAAGGCGUUACGAAGUUUCUUUUGUUACGAAAUAGUUUUUCUUUUUAUUUGAUACCUGCAGAUUAGAUUAGAUUUGAAAUGAACUCUGAGACAACUUCAAUUCUUCGGAAUCAUUUUUAUAUAUAGCUUAGCAUACCUAUCAUUAUAAUAGUGCAACAUAAUCUUCCGCUCUCUCUCUCUCUCUCGGCGUGUGUCUCUUCGCUCUUGACAUUUAAUAUUAUUCGAAACGAUUUUGCGAAAUUUCUCUAGAAAUAUGAAAAAAAAAAAAUUCAAUUGCAAGCCAAGUAUUUAUAAACGUUAAUGAAUUUAUAAACAAAACGAAGAACCCAAACAAAUGUGCAAUCGCGGCCAAUUGUUAAAGAAAUUAAGUCUAGCCGAGACUAUGCAAGUGUGGAAACUAGCGCCCCAUCAAAAUAAUUAAAUUGAUUUGAACAAUAAAACGUAAGAAAUGACACAAAAGUCUAAUUAAAAAUAAUAAAUAAAAUGCCAAUGUUUUGUUAAUUCGUAAUAAUGUAAAUACACAUAAAUGUAUACAUACGUAUACUAUUGCUGUACUGUCUCCGGGGUCAAUUUCAAAAAAAAUAAUAACAGCAAAAAAGCACAAUUAAAGAGAAGUGUGCGUGGACUCAGCUCGCGAAAAAAAAAAUUUAAUUGCUUAAACGGUUAUAGACUUUGUCAUUAUUCGGAUUCAGAGAAAUGGUGGUCGCUUCUAAACUAAAUCAAGUUUUUAGCUAUGAAUCGUGGAUACACGCCAUGUCCGGUGCGGCUGGCGGUUGUUUAGCUAUGUCAACUUUCUACCCCCUAGAUACCGUGCGCUCUCGUUUACAGCUGGAGGAUCCUGAAAGAAGCGGCAAGGCGCGCAGCACACUUAAAGUAAUAAAAGAAAUUGUCUUGGGUGAGGGUUUUCUAUCGUUGUAUCGCGGCCUGGGUCCUGUCUUACAAAGUUUAUGCAUUUCAAAUUUUGUCUACUUUUAUGCUUUUCAUACUCUGAAAGCCCUUACCGCUGGUGGCAAAGGCAAUGCGAUUAAUCAAAAUGCUUUCAAAGAUCUGCUGUUGGGCUCAAUUGCUGGUGUCAUUAAUGUCCUUAUGACCACACCGUUUUGGGUUGUUAACACUAGGCUGCGUAUGCGUAAUGUAACCGGCAUUGCUGACGAGGUAAAUAAACAUUAUAAAAACCUCCCAACUGGUCUACGGUACGUAGCGAAAACUGAAGGCAUGAGAGGUUUAUGGUCUGGUACUGCGCCUUCUUUGAUUUUGGUUAGCAAUCCAGCUCUACAAUUUAUGAUGUACGAAUUGUUAAAGCGCAACGCCUUGAAAUUAAAUAAAGGUGAAAUUUCAAGCUUAGGAUUCUUUUUAAUCGGAGCUUUGGCCAAAGCCUUUGCCACUAUCCUCACUUAUCCGUUACAAUUAGUACAAACUAAACAACGCCAUCGCACAAAUCAAACCUCGACAAAUAACGACGCGUCCACAUCUCAGCAGGCCAAGUGCGCACGUCGUAAUGACACCGGCAUGUUGCAUAUGGUAAUGCAGAUAAUAAGAAAUCAGGGUAUUAAAGGCCUCUUUCGAGGCAUGGAAGCGAAAAUUCUGCAAACAGUUCUAACUGCUGCGCUUAUGUUUAUGGCGUACGAGAAGAUUAACAACUCAGUCGGUUUGCUAUUUAAGAAAACACCCGCUAAAGUUACUAAAUAAAAAACAGUAGCUUGCGCACUGAUCGCAGAAAACAAAGCCAACCCCAUUAGUCAUAGUAGAUAAGGUUGCGGUAAUGGAAUGUUUGGAUAUGUUGCUCUUAAGUUCUUACAACCAUUUAAUUCAUUUUAGCAUUUGUCGGUAAUUAAGAUAUUUUAUAAUUUUUAAGACAUUCCUAUAUAAACUUGC